AUGGCUUCUUCCCUUCCUUCGGAAAGCAAAAAACUAGAGAGAGUAGCUGGUGAUACUGGGGAGAAGUCUAUUCCACUCCAUGAAAACGUUCUGCAGAAGCAUGCUGCAUUCUUUGACAUGAACAAAGAUGGUGUAAUUUAUCCCUGGGAAACUUUUCAAGGGUUACGUGAAAUUGGGAGUGGCAUGUUGUUGUCGAGUGGACUUGCUCUUUUCAUUAAUUUGGCUCUUAGUCAAACUACUCGCCCGGGAAAGUUUCCAUCUUUACUAUUUCCAAUUGAAAUUAAGAAUAUCCAGCUAGCCAAACAUGGCAGUGACACUGGAGUCUAUGAUACCGAAGGAAGGUUUAAUCCUUCAAAAUUUGAAGAAAUUUUCACAAAACAUGCACAUACUCAUCCAAAUGCUUUAACUUAUGAUGAGCUGAAGGAGAUGAUAAAGGCGAAUAGAGAGCCUAAGGAUUUCAAAGGAAGAAUUGGUAGUUUGGUUGAAUGGAAAGUCCUUUACAAGCUUGCCAAAGACAAGAAUGGGUUACUGCCGAAACAAACAAUCCUUGGUGUUUAUGAUGGAAGCUUGUUUCAACUCCUGAAAAACCAACAUUCCGCAGACCAAAAGAUGUAA